AUAGAUUUCGGUCAUUGUUAAGAUCGCUUUGGCGUGUUUAUGGAACCGCUGUGGAUAUAACUGAAAGAUACAACCUGUAUCCCGCUUCCACACACGACACGCGUCGGGUUUCUGGGCAAACAGCCUCCGGAGAUAAGAGCGCGUGACGCAGCCCCUUGGAUCAUCAGGUUCCGGCGGCGUGUCGUCCCAGCCAUCAGUUCACGCAGAGAUCUCGGCCAGAAUGUCCACGCUGGAGAACGAGGUGACCUUCCGCAAACGGGCGGAGGUUAAUCACAGUCUGGAGGCGCAGUUCGACAGCUCCUCCACGGAUUUCAUUUUAAUCACUGACCAUCGCACCUCGAAGAGCAAGAGUUUGGAGCAGCUGGAGGCCUCCAAGGAGACGGAGAAUCCGGAAUCCUGCUGCUCCCGAUAUGCCCGCAAUAUCUUCCGGAAGAAGACCCUCCUGCGGCGACUGCCAUUCCUCACCUGGCUACCGCACUACAAUUCCAAAGACUGCAUAGGCGAUUUGAUAGCCGGAUUCACUGUGGGUCUUACCGUGAUCCCACAGGGUUUGGCCUACUCGGGCGUGGUCGGUCUGCCACCAGAGUAUGGCCUGUAUGGAUCCUUUAUGGGCUGUUUCGUCUAUGUCCUUUUGGGGACCUGUAAGGACAGUACGAUCGGCAGCACAGCGGUGGCCUCCCUGAUGACCUUCCAGUUCGCCCAGGGAUCCUGGCAGAGAUCCGUGCUCCUGACCUUCCUCACCGGCAUCAUAGAGAUCCUGAUGGCCAUCUUCAAGCUGGGCUGCCUGGUGGAGUUCGUUUCGGGACCCGUGAGUGCUGGGUUUACGAGUGCCGUGGCGUUGAUAGUGUCCACUUCCCAGAUGCGUUCGAUGCUGGGAGUGAAGAGCGAGGGCGGAUCCUUUCUGGCCACCUGGAUUAGCAUGUUCCGGGAUAUCGAAAACAUCCGGGUAGCCGACACCUGUUUGGGUUUCGGCUGUGUUUUCCUGCUUCUGGCCAUGCGGAGUCUGGGAAAGUUCACCAUUGGCCCGAAGGAUGAGGCGAGGAGGAAUGGUUUCCAGAGGGUCAUAAACCAGGUGAUCAAAUUCCUGUCCACCUCGCGGAAUGCCUCGGUGGUGAUUGUAUUUACCGCGAUCACCAUGUACCUGGAUGCCCAGGAAACUAACCCCUUUCGACUGACUGGAAAUAUACCCAAAGGCAUGCCGACACCAUCACUUCCCCCAUUUUCGAUUGAAGCUCAGCCGGGAAAUGAAACGGCUGGAAUUCCCCCAGUCGAAGGGCAGAACUUCCUCGAAAUGGUUCAAAGUUUGGGCUAUGGACUCGUUAUCGUACCUCUGAUGGCCCUCCUCGAAACCAUGUCGGUUUGCAAGGCCUUCGCCAAGGGAAAGCAGAUUGAUAUCACCCAGGAAAUGAUCGCCUGCGGGGUGGGCAAUAUUGCCACCUCCAUUUUCUCGGGAUAUCGAUGCAAUGGCGGCUUGGCCCGAUCGGCGGUGAAUAAUGCCAGCGGAUGUCGCACCAAUAUGUCCAAUCUGUACAUCGGUGUCAUCGUGGUGCUGGCCCUGAAUUUCUUGACAGACUACUUUGCAUUUAUCCCCAAGGCGGUGCUGGCAGCUAUUAUCAUAUCGGCUGUGAUCUUUCAGGUCCAGUACCAGGUGGUAACGCCCAUGUGGAGGAGCAAACGUUCCGAUCUAGUGCCUGGAAUCCUGGCCUUCGUCACCUGUUUGGUGCUGCCCCUGGAAAUCGGCAUUAUGGUGGCCAUUGGUGUGAAUCUCCUGUUUAUCCUGUACUAUGCAGCCAGGCCAAAAGUCACUUUGGAGCAACUGGAAACCCAGCAGGGCAUUCGAUUCGUGAAGAUCACUCCCGAUCGCUGUCUGAUCUUUCCCUCGGUGGAAUUUGUGAGAAAUAUGGUGCUCAAGCUGGGCAGCAAAUCCACUCUGCCCGUCGUCAUCGACUGCACCUAUAUCUUUGCAGCCGAUUAUACGGCCGCCAAGGUUAUAUCCUCCAUUGUGGACGACUUUCGGCGGCGUCAGCAAAAGAUCAUAUUCUUCAAUCUGAAGCCCAGUGUGGUUAGCGUCUUUGAAGGACUGAACACAAGGUUGGUGCUGUGCUAUAACACUCAUGCCCUCAACCAGGAACUCCGACCCGAUGAUCAGGAUCUUUCGAGAUCCGUGGACUCCCUCGAUCACGCCGAAUCCGGAAAUGGAGCUAGCGAAUGCGUCAGCAUGGCCAGCACUCUUUCACUGGCCAGGAGUUAGUCUUACUAUGAUCUAAAUAAAGUUAAGUUAUCUAUCAUUUCGAAAAAAUAACAUUAUUUGUUUUUGGGAUAAAAGAGAAAAAUUUCUCUUUUUAUCAAAAAAGGUAGAUCUGGAUUUUACACUUAAAAAAUCAGUGUUUUGAACGAAACCAAAUAAAUAUUUGUACCGGAUAAUUUGAUUAUUAAUCUUAAGGACAAUAUAUUUGCAUUAAAUUGUUAGUAAAAAUCAACUUCAAACUAUUCCUAAAUUUUA